AUGGCUGACACUAAAGAAACAACAGAUGUAGAUUUGAAAAAUUUAGAAUCUCAAUCGAAAUCAUCCAUCAUGAAAAGAUUGAUUUUUUGUUUCAAUAAAAAAUACAAACGAGACAAAAAUCAAACUGAUUCAACAGUGGAAAAUCUGCUAAUCAAUAAAGAUGCUGAAAGUGGCGUGAAGAAAAGUGAUCAAAGUCACAAAAACGUUACAGAUGAAACAAAGAAAAAGUUAUCAAUACGUGAAAGAAUUCAAAAUAUACCAAGUAAUCUAAAAGAAUUAGUUGUUGAUUCAUCCGAAGCUGGUUAUUAUUAUUGGAUUGGUAUUGUUACAAUCACAGUGCUUUAUAAUGCUAUUGUUUUACCAAUGAGAUCGGCAUUUACACAAUUUCAUGAAUUAAGUCCAAUCACUUGGUUAAUUAUCGACUAUUGCAUUGAUUGUGUUUAUUUGAUUGAUAUAUUUGUUGGAUCUCGUACAGGUUACCUUGAAGAAGGUUUAUUAGUACGUGAUAAACAAAAAUUAAGACAAGUCUAUUUGAAACGACAACAAUUUAUCAUUGAUAUGAUUGCAAUUCUACCAACAGAUUUAUUCUAUUUCAUACCAGUAUUUAGUCAUUAUGCUGCAUGGUUACGAUUUAAUCGUCUGAUGAAAAUUUAUCGAUCAUUUGAAUUUGUCGACAGAACUGAAACACGUACAAAUCGACCAAAUUUAUUUCGUAUUUCAAUGUUGACUACUUAUAUUCUAGUAUUGAUUCAUUGGAAUGCAUGUAUUUAUUUUGGAUUUAGUCGUGCUACUGGCUUAAGUGCAGAUUCAUUUGUCUAUCCACCACGAUCUAGUGAAGAUACAUCAGAUGAAUUUAAAAAUUAUACCGAACAAUGGGAUCGAUUAUUUUCACAAUAUGUUUACAGUUUCUAUUGGUCUACAUUGAUAUUGACAACAAUUGGUGAGACACCGAAACCAGUUCGAAAUGCUGAAUAUAUUUUCAUUACAAUUGAUUUUCUUGUUGGUGUACUGAUUUUUGCCACAGUUGUCGGUAAUGUUGGCGCAAUGAUAACAAAUAUGAAUGCUGCUAGAACAGAAUUUCAAAAUAAAAUGGAUGGUGUUAAAAGAUAUAUGGAAUUUCGUAAAGUUAAUAAAGAAUUAGAACUACGUGUUAUUAGAUGGUUUGAUUAUUUAUGGACUAAUAAACAAUCAUUAGAAGAGGAUAGUCUUAAUGCAUUGCCAGAUAAAUUAAAAGCUGAAAUUGCUAUUCAUGUUCAUUUUGAUACAUUACAACGUGUUAGUAUAUUUAAAGAUUGUGAUCCGGGACUUUUGGUAGAAUUAGUACUUAAACUUCAAUUGCAAGUAUUUUCACCAGGUGAUUAUAUUUGUCGUAAAGGUGAUAUUGGCAAAGAAAUGUACAUAGUUAAACGUGGUAAAUUAAGUGUAGUAUCAGAAGAUGGUAAAACUGUAUUUGUUACACUUGGUGAAGGUUCUGUAUUCGGUGAAAUAUCUAUAUUAAAUAUUGCUGGUAAUAAAACAGGUAAUCGACGAUCGGCCAAUGUACGUUCAGUUGGUUAUUCUGAUUUAUUUUGUCUUAGUAAAGAUGAUCUUUGGGAUGCAUUAACUGAAUAUCCAGAAACUAAAACAAUACUUAUGCAACGUGGUCAAGAUAUUUUACGUAAAGAUAAUUUAUUAGAUGAAGAUGCAUUACGCAAGGCUCAAGAACAACAAGAAUCCAUUGAACAAUGUGUUCAACGUAUUGAUAAUACAGUUAGUCAAUUAACUACACGUUUAGCUAGAUUAAUUGGUGAAUUUGGUUCUAGUCAAGCGAAACUGAAACGUCGUUUAGCUAGAUUAGAACAAGAAUAUGAUAUGAAUUCAUCAUUUGUAGUACAGGAUAAUAAUAAUACUAAUCCUAUGUAUAGAAAAUAUAGUGAUCAACCACAGAUAAAUAUAGAGCCAGAAGAAGAAUUCACUGGGAAAUCAAAUCAAACAAUACGACAAAGACAAGGAAUUAAAUUGAAAAUUGAUCAAAAACAACGUAAUCUAUCAAUUGAUAGUUCAACAUCACUACUCUAUGGUAAACGUGAAUCAUUAAGUUCAUUAGGAUCCAGUAUAACAAAUGCAACAUUACCUUCUGUUAAAGAUGAUGAAUAG